GCAACCGAUCGGGUCUCUCUAAUCGCCGGUGAUUACGGAGUUGCACGCAGCAGUUCCUCUCUUCCCGCGCCGCCUUAAACCACGCCGCGCAGUCGCCCAAUCCUCCAUUAAAGGCGUCAUCAGAGGAAGGAAACAGAAAAAGAAUUCAACUCCCUAGGAGAAAGCCCCUGCCAUUAGUGCUCCUCCUCCUCGUCCACUGUUCCGCUGUGCGGGGCGGCGCCUCUCCAUCUCCGCCGUCCUCCCCGGUUCAAGCAGAGGCAUAGUCCGUCCGCUGGGCCUCGUCUGCCAUUGUUGCUCUAGCUGGCUUCCGAUUCGAAAAGGAUGCUCUAUUCUUGAGGCCGAUAUGAUUCGGGUCCGGUUUCUUGGAGGCUAGAUUGGACAGAGAGGAGGGUUUCUUGGAGUACUAAUAAUCCGUUGGGCUCCUCCUGAGGUCGAGGUCCUCCGCCGGACCCGGUUUCUUUGGGGCAUCGAAGCCGAAGCUGCCACCCCUGUUUUCCGGAGAGAUUCGUUGGAGCUGUGCGAGUAUGGCUGGUGUAUGUGAAAUCUGUGGAGAUGUCGGUUUUGAACAACUUCUGUUAGCUUGUGAUGACUGCAAGUGCACCACUCAUCUAUACUGUCUGGCUAAGGUUCUUUUUGAUGUAUCGUCACUUAAAAGCUGGUUCUGUGAUGAAUGCCUACCAAGACAUGAUGAAGUUAGGAAAUCUAUACAUAAGGCGACAAAUCAAAGGCAUGCUCAUUCUAGUUCUGCAAUACACCAUCCAAGUACUACGAGUGAGAAGUCAGUAAAGGAACCAGGGUCAUGUAGAGACCAUAAACAUAAAUCAUGCAAGUCUAAAAGUAAAUCUCGAAGAAAAAAAGAUUUUUCAAGAAAGAAUUCUUCAUCAAGGAAGCACAGAAGGUCACAUGUGCAACCAAUGGGUAACAAGACCGAUAGAAAUGCUCAUUCUUGUGCUAGUGGGGAGACACUUCACUCUUUUGAAGUCAUCACCAUGGAAACAUCUAAGUCCAGCAAUGAUGAAAACCAGCAGGUUGGCAACGAACAUUCUGUUCGUACAUUAAACAGUGAUUGUGUUGCAAAUCGCUUGCCACUAAGGGUAAAUGAAAGCAAUCUCCAAAAUCCAUUGGAUGAAUAUGAAUCUCCUCCGAGUGCUGCUGCAGAUCAGUUGAACCUCCCAAAGGAUAAGGUUGGCUCACCUUGUUCCCUGCAGAAUAUUGGAACACAUCAUGAUGUUAGUGAUAACAUAAGUGCUAACUUUAUGUUGGAGAGAGAGAAGAAAAAGGUCAGGUCCCAGUCGGAUAAUAAAGCUAGCAGGGAUUUGCAGAAUGGAAGCAUGACUACCAGUCUGCCACAGCCUUCCACAGUGCAGACUGUAGACAGAAAAAUGCCCUCUUCAGAAAACAUGAAUGUGUUGCCAAAGGAAAGCAGCUGUCCGUUGUCAGAGAACUUUCAAAUUGGAAGUCCAAUGGGUUGCCGUGUGACACCAGUCUUAGCAGAGGAUAAUCAGAGUGAAGCAUCAAAGCUACUGGAUGGAGCUGAUUCAAGUUCCUUCUCUGAAACCAGUUUUAAAGAGAUCAUUGUUCUGGAGGACAGCGAUACAGAGGACGAGGAUGGACAUUCCAUUCCUGUUGAUCAAUAUGCUACAGACAACCGAAAAAAGCAAAGACGGCUCGUUCUACUAGAUGAUGACGAAGAACAGGUUGCAGAGGUGAAGUCUGAAGAUUUUAAUCAUCGGUCUCUUGAGUGUGAUGGAUCAAUGAGCAAGCCUAGAAUAGACGAUGAUUGUGUUGAUGAGGCUGUACAGUCUGGAGAAUUUAACAAUCAAAAUGUCAAUAAUGAUGGUGAACAUGCUGUACAGCUGGAUGUUUUGACUCCUGAAGCUUUUGAAAUUACUCGGCCCGUGAAGAAAAGGAGGGUAUAUAGAGAGGCAAACUUAGAUGAAGAGGUUAUGGUAGGUACCGGCAAUGCUCGGAAUGAUGUUUCAAACUUGACAUCACAAACUCUAGUAGCAAAGGAUCAUCUUCUCCAAACCAGAAUGCCUUUUGAUUCAGUGGCUGCCGAUCAACAAUGUUGUAUGUAUUCACAACCCAUUGAUGAACCUAUAUGGAGUGGAAUUUUGCAGAUAAACGCUGAAGAGUUUGUCUGGCUGGAUGCACACCUGUCGACCAAAGCAUGCGAGCUUGUGUGGCAAUUAUCUAGAUCAUUGCAAACAGUAGUUGAAGUAAUCAAGCUCCCUCAGUUCGAAGCCUGGCCAAAGAGCUGGGAGGCUUCAGGACCUACUGAUGACAACAUUGCGUUGUAUUUCUUCCCACCUAGUAUGAGCUCAAAAGAAGAAUCAGAUGGUCUAGUGGAGGAACUAAUUGAGAGCAGUUCUGUCUUAAAAGUUGCUCUUGGUAUCGCGGAGCUGCUAAUCUUCCCCUCCACUAUAUUGCCUGACCAAUAUAAGGUGUGCCAGGGGAAACACUACCUGUGGGGAUUGUUCAAGCGCACGGAAGUUGAGUCUGAGAACAAAGAUGUUCUAGUUGAACAACAAGACGGUUCAGCAUGUGCCAAGGAAGGGGAGACACAAGAACAUCAUUUUGCAGGCCAACAAUAUGAUGUACAAUGCGAGGCACCAGGCCAUGACACUUCCAUUCUGAAGGAUGUUGUUCAUGUCGAGAAUCAAUUGCUGGUGGAUCAUGAUUUUGAGGCUCAAGAGGGGGCUACAGAAGCUAUCAUGGGUGAAGGCAAAAAUUCGUCGUCCGCAAAGCUGAACCCUCCAAAAGCUACAUCAAACUGUUCUACGCAGCCAAGGUUGGACCCUAAACUACAUGCACCUGAAGUACACAGCCAAGAAGAUGAACAAGACUUGGCCAAGCCAUCAGGUGGCUCUGGACCUGCUGCGGUCACUCCCAAGCCAACAGAUACUGCCGAGCACGGGCCAACCCAAUUGUUUGGAUUUGUCGCAGCACGGACUCCGAGAGCACAGCAACUCAUCCAGGAGAUGGUCAGCGAAGGCGCACUCUUGUUCUCAGUGCCGGGGGAGAUGGUGAAUGCCGGAUCUGCAGCAGGCAGUGAGUCUCCACCUAUGCACGACUGCUGCCAGUCUAUUGGAUUCGUCCCAAUGGAUGAUGAUGUGGCUUCUGAAGCCUGCCUGGAGCUGUUUCCAGUUCGGCAGGAUCAUAUUGGAAGGGCUCCUACGGUCGAAGCUAGCAAGGAGGUAGAUCUUGACCUGAUUCUCAGUGCACGAUCGCGAGCACCGUCGGCAUUCUUAUGAAAAUAUGCUACUGAUGCUGAGCUCAGGCUGUUUUGCAGAACUCCAGACAGAGAAUUUUGCUGGGGAUUGUAAUGUAUUGUCAUCUCCCAAGUCUGUUGCCUUUCUUUAGAUAUACUGGAAAAAAUUCUAGUGCCUUGUUUAGACCAUGCAAAGGCCAGCCUGUGCAUAUGUACUUUCCUGAUGCAUAUUGUUCUUGAAGGCGAUGAUGACGGGGGAAUGCCACGCUGGAGAGUGGCUGUACUAGCGUUGCAGUUGUUCCUUUGUACUGCUACUGUUGUUUGCAAAUUUAAUAUUUUUGACAAUUCGUAACUUU